AUGCAAGAAAGCUCAUACCACAUUCCAAGCGCUUCUGAUUAUGACCCGACUAGGAAUCCUUUCAGUGACUCUGAGCAGAAGCCUUUGAUCAAGACAGGGAGUGUUAAGACUAAACUGAGUAGCAUGAAAUCCAAAAAGACUAGUAGUACAAUGAAGAAAAUACUUCCCUCGAAUAUCGCAAAUUUCGUUAAGAGAAAGGAUAAAUUAAAAGAAAUGAACUACAGAAAUACCUCUGAGAUAGACCAAGACUUUUACGAUUCGGAAAGAGAAGCAGUCAGACAAAUGAUGAUGGCAGAUGGCCAGUAUAUCGAGGAUAAUGAAAGUAAAUCUAAAAGUCUUAAGAGCAAAGGAAUCACAGCACAGAGCUCUAAAUUCACCUUUAUCUCAAAAUAACACUCAAAAUUCAGAACAGAGGAAGAACUUUUUGAAGAAAGGGAAUGGAGUUUUAGCAUUUAAGAAGGAGAAACCUAAAAGGAACAAACAUCACUGGGGAACCCCAUCAAAACAAAACUCUCAGGUAGGAGAAUCUGUGCAUGAUGCCUCUCCUUUGAAUCAAAACACAUCUGGGCCUAAACUAAAGGUAUUCGGCACUCAUAAUAAUCAAGAGGAUUCUCAGUUAGACAAGAAAAAUCGUAGAACUACUAUAUUCAGGGAUCACUCAGAGUAUACAAGGAGUUCCAAUGAAAAAUCUGACUCAAUGAUUAUUAAUUCAGACGAUUCAGAAUUUGAGAAAUACUUUGGGUUCAAACUUGGCGAGAAAGUCGACCCUGAUUCUCACUUCGCUCGGAAUCAGCCUAAACAUCAGCCUCUGGAGAAGAAACAGAAGAAAAAUAAGAAUAUGACUUAUGAAGAAAGAAUUGCUAAUCGAAAACAUAAGAAUGAUAAGAUCAAAGCACCUACUUUGAGUAAUGAGCCUUCUAAAGGGAUCCUCAAGAAACCAAGUCCUGAGAGAGAUCGAUUGGAGGAGAAACGCUAUGCUCCAAGAGAUUUCAAAGAGCUUGGCAAUAUGAAGAAAUAUCAUAACAAUGACCAUUCAAAAGGCACAAGCGAGAAGCUUAGUGACUCUGGGUAUUUAGAACUCCCUCAGUUUUAUAAUUCUACUGCAAAGAUACCAAAUUCUGUUAUAAAACCAAUCAAAGAUCAUCGAAAUCAAUCAAAGUCUCGGAAUAAGGCAAUGCUAGCUGAGAAUAGAACUUAUGACAAGAAGAUUCAUAAUAAGAAGGCUUAUAAAGGAGAUCAGCUUGUUCAGCAGUAUAAAACCCUGGAUCCUCCUGAUAGCGCUAAGAAUAAGCUUAAAUAAAAUCAUAAAGUUAUCUACUCAAAGUGAGAAAGAGAGGUAUAAUCUUUUUCCAUAUCCCAUAGACUGGGAUAAUAACUCAAAUGAAGGUGUAGAGUUACAUGAUCCAACCCUCACAUUUGACUUGAAACCACUAAGAAGAAAUCACGAUAUGCAGAAGAACAUCCUUCAUGAGCAACUAUUAUAUGAAAAGAAGUAUUAUGAGGGUGAACUCCGUAAGCAAUUUGGAUUAGAAGAGAACAUCUCUGUCAAGAAGCUAAUAGCUCACCUGAGGAACUACUAUAACUGGUUCUAUAAGGAAGAGAGAUACAAGCUUACCAUGAAUUCUCACAACACUCACAAAGCAAUGCUUUAUGAGUUACUUCUCAAUAAUGUCUACAGUAAUUUUCUGUACAACAGAAACUUAGUCAAUGACCCUAUCAUGGAGCAAGUCCAUGAAGUCAAACUGAUCGAAGAUGAGAAAGAGAAAUAGACAGAAGCAGCUGGACCUAAUCGAGAAGAUGUACCCUGAUGAUGCUGAGGUUGAUUUAGUCAAGAUGGAUAUUAAAUAACCUUCAGAAGAAGAAUAGCGGUGAGAACAAACCUCUUGUAGAGGGCAUCAACCUCUCCACCUUCCAUGUUCCAAAUAAAGGAAAGAAGGACUAUUUCAAAAUGUUAGAUGAUUUUAAGCAGAAAAGAAGUAUGAAAUAUUAUCAAAACCCUAGCAAUGUGAUGCAGCAAGCCUCAAAGAAGCUGAUCAAAAUGAAGCAGAAAUAAGCCAACUGCCGCUCAACCACAGAUCGAAUAUGAUGAUUUCUACUGGGAAAAGCCUAUUUUUAAGAAGAAGCAUGAUGGAGCUAUUAUGCUAGGAAUGGAGGAUAGUGAAUACGAGAUUUCUAACACAAAAGAACGGACCAAAGAGUCAUUCAAGGUUAUAAACUAUAAGGACCCUGAUUUGAAACCUGGCAUUCUUCAAAGAAAAGCCACUAAUGCGACCAAUUACUCUGAGAAGAGUUCUAAGAUCACUAUUGGGGAUAAUUUUUAUCAACAGAAAUAAAGAUGAAAAUAAUCAGAUGCCUCAUUUAAAUAAGUUGCUGGAUAUGAUGAAACCCGUUGAGGCACCUAAAAUCGACCCAAAGGAGAAAAUACAGAUUUCUGAUCCUUUCCAUCUCAGCCCUUCCAACAACGGCAAACAUGUUAGAGACUUUUCAUUUAAGGAUAAACAGAAGGAAGAGCUAAAGGAUGAGCCUAAGAAGAAACUUGAAGAGGAUAAACCGGACAGUAGUGAGAAGACAAUUCCAAAAGUACCUUCUAACAAUGAACCUGUUGUUGUUUCUCCUUCUACACAAGGAUUUAAAUUUGAAUUUAACUAUGAAAGCCCGACAAAGAAAUCUGCCACUAUGCAGUCUUCAGCAAACAAAGCCUCUGAUAAAAAUAUGAUUAAGUUGAUUUCACAGAAUCAAGCAGAAAUUGCUAUUAAAGAUACUAAAACUUUAAAAACCAAAAAGGAGCCAGCCCCCACAAAUGAUAUACCCGAGUUAGUCCUUUCUCCAAGCCGGAGCAUCAAGAGACCAGCAUCUGCUCUCAAGUCAGAGCCAUUGAAGUCGAAUCUGCCUCCAAAACCUCAAAAAUAAGAAGACUCAAAAAAUGUAUUGGGACAAUAAGAAAAACGCCAUAAUGACUUCUGAAGUAACAAUUUCGACAGACAAGGACGAUACUAAUGAAAGAAACAUAAUUACUAGGGAAACUGGAGAAUUUGGGUUCAAGUCAAACUUCGCUCAAUCUCAGAGACUUGGAGAAAACACUAAGAAACCCAAAAU